AUGACUUACCAGUGGGAUUUCACUCUUCACUACUUUCUGAGAAACACUCGUUUUAAUAACAGUGUGGAAGAAGAAAUCUUUUUUAAUGAGAAAGGGGAGUUUGACCCGGGAUAUGACAUCUUCAACUUUGUCUCCUUCCACAAUCAAUCCUUCCAGAGAGUCCAUAUCGGAAAGAUGGUCUCCAAACCUCUUGAUGGGAAUAUAUUCACCAUUAAUGAAAAUGCCAUUGUGUGGAAUCACAAAUUUCAGAAGGUACCUCCCCAUGCCAGAUGUGUAGAGAGCUGCCGUCAGGGAUACAGCAGAGUUGUUCAGGAGGGAAAACAUAUUUGUUGCUACAAUUGUAGACAAUGUUCUGAAGGAAGAAUUUCAGUUGAAACAGUUGUCAUUUUGGUGGGACUGGCUUUCAUUCUGCACUGGGACACCCCCAUUGUCAAAGCCAACAACAGGAACAUCACAUGCAUCCUUCUUUCCUCUCUCCUGCUUUGUUUUCUGUGCUCUCUGCUCUUCAUAGGUCGGCCUGGGAAGGUGACUUGCUUUCUCAGGCAAAUUAUGUUUGGCACCAUUUUCUCUCUCUCGGUUUCUUGUGUCUUGGCCAAGACCAUCACGGUUGUUUUGGUCUUCCUGGCCACUAAGCCAGGAAACCAGAUGACGAAAUGGCUAGGAAAUAGACUGGCAGGAUCCAUCAUUGUCUUCUGCUCAUGUAUUCAAGCUGUUAUUUGCAUGAUAUGGUUGAUCAUGUCUACUCCCUUCCCUGAGUGGGACACGCAUUCAGAGAUUGAAGAGAUCAUUGUUCAAUGUAAUGAAGGCUCAGAUGCCAUGUUUUACAUUGUCCUGGGCUACUUGGGGCUCCUGGCCACCAUCAGUUUCACUGUGGCUUUCUUUGCCAGAAAACUGCCUGAUACUUUUAAUGAAGCCAAGCUGAUCACCUUCAGCAUGCUUGUGUUCUGUAGCAUUUGGGUGUCCUUCAUCCCAGCCUAUCUGAGCACCAAGGGAAAAUACAUGGUGGCUGUGGAGAUCUUCUCCAUCUUGGGCUCUACUGCAGGUCUCCUGGGUUGCAUCUUCCUGCCCAAAUGCUACAUCAUUCUCUUGAACCCACAUCUGAACACAAAACAGCAUCUAACCAGGAGGACAGAUUAA